AAUCACAACAGGCCAAGAAACUACAACUCCCAGGGCGUUCCGGAGCCGGGCAACUGGACUACGGGAAGUGGCCGGCGAAGGCCAGCAGGAGGCAACUCGUGGGGUCUGGGUGCAAAAGCCCGGGCUUAGGAGUUGCAGGCAUGCUGCGCCCCAAGGCUUUGACCCAGGUGCUAAGCCAAGCCAACACUGGAGGCGUCCAGAGCACCCUGCUGCUGAAUAACGAGGGAUCGCUGCUGGCCUACUCGGGUUACGGGGACACGGAUGCCCGAGUCACCGCGGCCAUCGCCAGUAAUAUCUGGGCCGCGUACGACCGGAACGGGAACCAAGCAUUUAACGAAGACAAUCUCAAAUUCAUCCUCAUGGACUGCAUGGAGGGCCGCGUGGCCAUCACCCGAGUGGCAAACCUUCUGCUGUGUAUGUAUGCCAAGGAGACCGUGGGCUUUGGGAUGCUCAAGGCCAAGGCCCAGGCCUUGGUGCAAUAUCUGGAGGAGCCCCUCACCCAAGUAGCUGCAUCCUAGUGGGCACAGACGGAAGCUGGGGUCACAAGGGAGAGAUGAUCGUUUGGAGGGGCAGGGCCCCUGGGAAGACCUUCCUGGACUGGGGGAGGGGGGAAUGGGGCUUUGUUUUUUCCAAGAAUAAACUUCAACUCCUGUCUUGUG